AAUGAGUAUAGAUUACCUUUUUAAAUUUUAAAUUGAACAAUAUUUUACAAUUAUGUAUUUUUUUUAUUUAAUAAGAAAUUAUUUUUAGUAUUGUUUUUAUAAUUUUUACAUGUACUGGUGCGUUCCAAAAACGUAAUGUGACCCAAUCUAUUGAUUAUACGUUUAAUUAAGUUGGUACAACUUUACAUAAUAUGCAAUAUGUUGAUUUUAAUUAGUCACCCUAAGCGUGAAUAAAAAUGAACAAUGUCCUUAGUACGUUCGUUACUAUUCACAAAUACUAAAUGUUUAAUAUCAUUAACAUUUUUACUUCUUAGUCCUUACAAACAUCAUAGAAAUUAGCAAAACUGUAUAAGCUCUGUUCAAAAUCUUUGCUUUGAAUGUGAUAACUAGUGGUAACCUUCACCAGAAUCCUUUGACGAGGAAUGUGAAACAAAGAAAUGCCAAACUACUAUUGUUAUGAUGGUUUAAGUUCAAUUAUUACAAUGUCAACAGCAAAAAAAAGACUAAUUCUAAAAUUUGCAUCCGCAACAUAUUAUAUAGUCUUAAAACACCGCACACGUUACAAAUAUAUUUGUAAAUUAGUUAACAGAAACAAAAGUACAAUGAUAUUUACAUUGCUAUGCAUGUUCAAUAUAAAAAAAUUGAUCAAACAUAUAUUUUUACUAAAACCGUGAUAAAUAUUAACUAAGCAUUUUUAAAAUUACAUUAAGUAAGCGCCACAAAAUAGGUUGGGAGGACAAGUUAUAUUAAUUAUACAAAUUUAUGUUUGUUUUUCGAUAUGUUUUGAUUAUUUAAUUUUCGACUAGUGUUAAUUUGAAUAUUAAUUAUUAUUUACUUGCAAAUAUUAUUUUAUUCUUUAUAAAAGUGAUAUUCACUUAAUAAAAUACUUAAGUUUUAACUUUUUUAAAUCACCAAAAAAUACAAAUAAAUUUUAAUUUUAAUAUGUAUAUGAUUGAAUUGUUUGUAUUAACUUAACUUAACGAGUUAAAAAAAAUAUUUAACUUACUUAGCCUUGGAUUUAUUAAUAAUUCAAAAUCAUUAAUACAUGUUGUGUUUUUUUUACAUUUUUCAUUAAUUACUUCUUCUUUGAAGAUUCCCAUGAAUGUUAUUGUUUAUUUUUUUACUAGUAUUAUGUUUAUCUUAUUUUUAUUGAUGUUUUUAAUUAUUUAAUAAUAUGUUUUAUUUUAUCUUUAAUAAAUGAAAUAUUAUAUCACCACAUGACGUCAUGAACUAUAUUAUUGUUUAUAGUAUAGAAUAUAGAUUAUGGAAUGAUCUCGUUUCCUAAACAACAACCUGCAGUAUACAUCUGGUUCAUUUUAGUGGAAUUAUUUGUUUGAAAUUGAAAUGGAAAAAAUAUGCUAUUAUAUAAAUUAAAAAUUAAUAAAAAUAUUUGAAAUUAACAUGUCGACUAUGGAAGAGAAGCCCGAAAUAGGUAAACAUACAGCAUCUGAUGUACUUACUCAACACUUUUUCUUAUAUAUUUCGCAUAUAAAGCGAGCAUUUGACAAUUUCAAUCAAUGUAUGGAUAAAACAAUUGUUCAGGCUUGGAUUAAUAAACUAAUGGAGUGCCCUCAUCCAAACAAUUUUAAAGCAACUAAACGUAAUAUGUAUUUGGCACAGUUACUAAUACAUUUAUAUGACGGAAAGUUACGAGCUCCGUUUACGCGAAUGCCAUCUAAUAGACCCUUAGAAACCUUUGACGAAUUACCGUUUUACGGAAAACCGGAUACACUUAGGGAAAAUAACAUAACUCCUGAAGUAUUCAACCAAGAAUUACCAUUAGAUGAACUUAAUUAUAUUUCAUCGGAUGAACGGACAUAUAUAGCCAUUCAGAGUUUAAAUGAUGGCUUUACAGUAUUUGGAUAUGUAGCAGUUACCAUUGGACAUGUAUGUACGGAUCCGAUGUGGUUGAAUUCCCGAGGAGAAACUAUUAAAAGUCCAAUACCUACUUCUCAAGAUUUACCAGUGAGCACUCCUUUAUCAAAGAACUCACAAGAACUUGAUUUAGUCUUAAUUGACAAGCAGGCAAGCAAUGGCCUGGACAUUUUAGUAAAAGAAAUCUGGGAUGUGUUAUCUGGACGACAUAACCCAGAUAUCAGGGAACGUGCUGGUGGUUUUUAUCUCACGCUGUAUACCACUAUCCAACAAGAGAUGCUCAAUGAACAGAAUAAUCUAUGUUCGACCAAAUUUCAAGAUCCUUUUGUUAAUAGACUGAUAUUUUUCUUGGUGGAAGAUUUAAUGGCUGAGGGUGUACGUGACACCGAGGCAUUCCAUCGAUUCAAUCAACUAUCAAUGUUAAAAAAACGAAUCAAAGCAAUUAUUGUUGAAAUUGAAACCAGACGACGUGUUUUUGAAGAAGUCAAAAAGUCAAUAAUAAUGCCUAAAAUGCAAUUUCAUCUACAUUCAUCGAUCAACUGUUCAAGCGUUAUAUCUGAGAUGAUAUUACAGGAAACACUUAAAAUGGGCCCAAAAUCAACGAAUUUUCUAUUCACACAGUAUCCUUUGUCCGUGGUACAAAAAUUUAAGAUAAUGAUUGUUAAUGAAAAAAAACGCAUAAUGCAGUUAAUCAAAAUACGUUCGGACAGUGUAACAGGUGAGAUGUACAAAGAUUUGAGAGAAUCAAUACGACAAGGUUUGCGUGACUAUCAAGCCGCUCGAAAUGAAUGGCUCAGGGCUUGGCGAGUAAUCAAAGAAUACGAAGAAGCAUUAAAGAUUAAAGACAAAUUGACAUUGAGUGUAAAUUACCAAAGUAUCAACGACAAAUUUUUGGAAAUAAUAAAAAAUGAAAUUGAUAUAGCCAAAAUUCGUUAUAAGAAAAUUGAAGAAAAAAAUAACAUACUUGAAAAUGAAAUUUAUUUGUUGAAUAAAAAGAUACAUGAACAAAAUAAUAUAAACGUAUCGGAAACAACGCACGCAGAAGAACGAAAAAAAAUGUAUUUAAAUGAAAUAACAAAUAAAAACAUAGAAAUACAACUCAGGAUAGCUACCAUCGAUCAUCUGAAAUCUAUUAUCUCCAUUGACUAAGGAGCCCGGCAAUACUAUGGUCAUUAGCUAUUGUCGAGGUUACGGUUGGUAGGGUUGGAACGGUUGGUAUGGUUGGUUGGCAACACGUGUAUGUGUCACAAGAUUUUUUGCCACUAUGGACCCGGGUGGUCUCCCAUCCGAGAACUAGUGGCUGCGGUUGUUGCUUACUCCCGAUAGACUCAAAUCUCAGUCACGUUAUGUGAUUGAUUUCAGCCACUGCACCGGCGCACCGCUCCGAGCCACAUUUGUGUAUUAAGUUUAUGUUUUAUGUAUAAUUGACAAUAUUGUAUUACCUUAAUUUUCAAACUAUUAUACUA